AUACAUCAUAAUAAAAAAUUUGAUUAUUUUUUAAACAUUCAUUAAAAUUAGAAUUAAACUAGAUAAUUUUGGGUAAAAGUUAAAUAUUUAGAGUUUGAGACUCUCACCAAACAAAAUCUAGCAAUCGACCUAGCAAGAAAAAUGCGAGCAAAUGAUUUGAGGAGAAAGGGGAAGAAAGAGCAGACACUACUACUCAAGAAUGGCAGCCGCCAUUUCAGUCUUCAGUCCCUCCAUUGAUGAGCAGAGAUGGGUGAGCCAAAGUAGAAGAGCCUUAGACUCAGAGCUCAUCCUACAAAUUGACGAUUUCACCCCCACAAUCUUUCAAGUCCCCAAAUCCUUGAAAGAAUCCAAGCCCGAAGCCUACACUCCACGCCUUCUUGGCCUGGGCCCGUACCAUCAUCUCCGGCCAGACCUCCAUGCCGCCGACAGGCAAAAGCUUGCCGAAGUCAAUAAAUUUCUGACGAAAAACUCCUCCACCAAGAGUUUCUUCUCCGAUGACUUCCUGAAAAAGAUGAAGGAUUUGGACCCCGUGGUCCGGGCCAACUACGACCAGUACUUGGAUCUCCAAUCCUCAACCCUAGAUCACAUCCUCGCCGUCGAUUCCUUUUAUCUGCUCCAUUUUCUAGGCGCCUAUGACCAGAAAACCGACGCCGCGAAUCUGGAGUCCGGUCGCCCGGAACUGGCGGGGGAUGUCAUGAUGCUGGAGAACCAGAUUCCGGCAAUUGCGGUUGCAGAGAUGGGGAAGGAGAUAGAUCUGUUCUCCCCGGAAAGAGGUACCCAAGAAACCAUGUUGCAUUCCCAGCUCUUUUACUACUUCUGUAAAGCCCACUCUCCCUUUAAACUGUCUGAGCUCUGGAGAGACCGCCGCCACCAGAGCAGCCACCUAUUGGCUCAUAUGUACCAUCUGGUCCUGAACAAUCGUGGGUAUGAAGAAAAAUCUGAUCUUGAUUUGCGGAUGAGAAGAUCAAGAAUCACAGAGGUGGGCACGGAGGCUUUAACAGCUUUAAGUGAAGUUGGACUUGGAGGAGGAGCUUCCAUUUGGAUUAAGCCACUCCUAUUUGCUUUCAAGUCUUUACAAGCUUGGGAGAACGCUAAGUUAGCUGAUGAAUUAAUUAGUAAUGAUAAUAAGAUUACAGGUUCCAGAACACAAAAGAUUCUUCAUCAGAUUCCUUCCGCGUCCGUGUUGUCCAAGAAACACAGUGUGGAGUUCAGGUUGCUGGAAAGGGAAGGUAUAAAGGACAUCAAGCUCGACUUCGAGGAUGGUAAACCCGUGCUUUAUCUCCCGGAAAUCACUUUUGAACACGAAUCAGAAGUUGUGUUGAGAAACUUGGUGGCAUAUGAAUCUGCAAUUUCCACUCAAGACUCUACCUUAGAGCUUGCUGAGUAUGUACAUCUGAUGGGUGAAUUAUUGCAGAAGCCAGAAGACAUGGUGGUUCUGCACGAUAGAGGAAUCGUAAAGGGAAACCAGGACGACAAACAGGUUGUUGAGAUCUUCAAUGCAAUUCAUAACUCUGUGGGAAAAUCGAUUGAGGAGUCUGCAAGCCAGAAGGCAGGGAAGGAAUUGAAGGAGAUGGUGGAGAAAUGGGAGAGGAAAAAAAAGGAUGUGUGGAAAAGGGGCUUCAAGUUUAUGGAGAAGAAGGCCAAGAAUGGUGUGGAGUUCAUGAGGAAACCUUUAGGAAUUGGUCUGAAGUAUCUGCUGUAUGUGUUUAUGGUCAUUCUGCUAGUGCUGCAGAUGAUGCAAGCCUAUUGCCAGGUUUAUGGAUGCAACAAAGGACCUUCUGAAGGCAACACUCUGAGGUCACUUUUACUGCAUAGUGCUUAGUAGAUUGUGGUCAAUAUGCAAUAUUAGAGUAUCAUUGUAAGAAUUUUGAAUUCCCAAGAACUUAAAGAUAAUUUUGUAAUCUUGGGAUAUUCU